ACACAGGACUCAAGUCAAAUUGUUCUCAAACUGAAUUCAGUAAACCUCAAAAACUACGAAAAUCACAGAAGCAAAAGUAUUCCCAAAGGGAUCUAGACAAUUUUUCAACACCGAGAAACCCUAAAAAAUCACAAUUCAACACUCCAAUGCCCAGCAGUGCCGGCUAAACUCACUGAAAUGAACUCCUCAACGCUCUCUCCACCAACCCUAGGUAACUCCUCCGGUAGAAGUGAGUCGCAGGACUCCGGUCUCUCCUCUUCAGGCACCAGUGGGACCCAGAUGGUUAAGAUAUUCAACCACAUGAAAGUGGAUCUGCAGGUGCAGAAACAGCAGAAGAAACUGAUAAAGGAGCUUCAUCUCAAACGAGUCUCGUCCCUUCGAAAGGAGCUGGAUUACCUGAAAGCAACCGAGUGGAGGUACCAAGCUAUUGAUGGUUAUAAAUAACCCCAAAUCUACCCUGCAAUCUUCACAAAACUCUUCAAAGACCUUAGAAUCAUUGACUCAACCUCUAGAAUCAUUGAAAAACUUUCGGGAUUCUGAUAAACUCCGAAAACUCCUCAGAAUCCAUAGAAUGUUUCGUUGAAAUUCCCCGAAUCAUCAUAAUUUGUCAAUUUUCAAAUGCGACAUUCGCUCCUUAGAAUGAUUAAGAUCGACCGAGUGAAAUAAAUCCACUACUGAAGGAGAAGCAGAAUCUGAAGUAGCUCGAGGAAGUUGAGGACUUAUUCUGAGAUGUCAAUAAUUUUUCUUCAAAACACAUCAGAUCGUUGCAAUUAUUUUUUAUGAGGAAGAGAAAUAGAAUGCCAAAACCUUGAGAAGCUUGAGAUCUUUGGAAAUUCAAUAAACACACCAAACUCGAUAUAAAAUUAAUAAGAUUUCGCUUUGAAAUUACUCUUGUAUUUAUGAUUUCUCGGUGGCCAAACGCUAAACUCGUUCUUUUGAGCAUAACAUCGGUUAAAUGAAGUAAAUGAAGUGCUGAAAAGAAGAGGCAGAAUUAUAAAAAAAUUUUAGGAAAUUGAGCACUUGUCCUGGGGAGCUGGAAAAUUUGCUGACUUUUACUGAACUGCUUAGAUUUCCCCAAACAUUAUAAUUUUUUGGGUCUGAAGGACAGGUCAGGAAUUUAAUGAAUACUAUACAAAAUUCAUGAAAUUUUCCCUUGGAAUUUGCCCAAUAUCGAUUACAGGAAGUAAGUGCAGUACUGAAAAGAAGAAGCAGAAUUAUAAAAACUUCGAGAAAAUUAAACGGAUAUCCUGAGGAUUUGAAAAAUUUCUUGAAUCCCACUUAACUGCUUGAAGGAGGAACAGAAAUAGAAUUUCAAAACCUUGAAAAGCUUGAAAUCAUCGCCAGGAAUUUAAUAAACACUACAUAAAAUUCAUCAAAUCUUUCCUCGGAAUUUACUCAAUAUCGACUAAAGGAAGUAGUGAAAUACUGAAAAGAAGAAACAGAAUUAUAAAAACUGAGGAAAUUAAACACUUGUUCUGAGAAUUUAGAAAAUUUCCUGAAUCCUCCUGAACUGCUUGAAUUCCCCUGAACAUAAUUUUUUGGGUCUGGAGGACAAUCACCACCUCCACUCGCCAAAAGCACUUUCUCCAAAUAUCGAAAGAAGGAACAGAAGUGGAAUUUCAAAACCUUGAGACGCUUGAGAUCAUCGCCAGGAGUUUAAUCACCACUACACAAAAUUCAUCAAAUUUUCCCUCGGAAUUUCUCCAACAUCGAUUAAAGAAACUAAGUGAAGUACUGAAAAGAAGAAGCAGAAUUAUAAAAACUUCGAGGAAAUUAAACACUUGUCCUGAGAAUUAAAAAAAUUUCCUGAAUCCUCCUGAACUGCUUGAAUUCGCACUUUCUCCAAAUAUUAGAAGGUAAAGAACUCCGAAACAAGCAACAGAAAUAGAAUUCCAACAUCCUCAGAAGCUCGAGAUCAUCACCGGGAAUUUCGUUAACCCACCACCUAAAACAAAACUCUUUCUCAACACCUGUAAUAAAAACCUCGAAUAUUGGUUUCAAAAAUCGAACCAGAAUUUGGAGAACGAACUCCAUCGAGGAAAAUCGAAUAAGACACAUUUUAAAGGAAUAAAAAGCACAUUGCUGCAGAAAUCAACCACAAGAUUGCAAAAAUUCGAUAAAAGCGUGAAUAUCCCUAAGAAACCCCAUAAAACUCUGGCUUUUUGCGCUCUCAGAGGCUGCAAUUCCCAAAAGAUCCAGUUCUAACACUGAAGAUUAGAUUAUUUAAUCCUGGAUCCAUCGACGACCCCACAAAAAUGUUUCCAGGCUUCUCAAGCCCCGUCGACGCCCUCCGUACCCUCUCCUCCACUGCAGACCUCAAACUGCCCUCCAAAAUCUCCCAUUCCCUCCACCUGCAUCUCUAGAAACUCAAACACUCACACUUAAAAUCUAAAACCUUAAAAAAUCUAUCGAAAUCCCUCCAAAAUGUUUUCAAUUCUAAACUCCCUGAAAUCCCUCUUCCUUCCGACGCCCCCUCCGACCCCAGACCUGGACUGCAUAAUCUCCCAUUUCUCCAAAGCAGUCGACACCUUCGGCCUCUCGAGCGCCCCAGACCCCGAGGAGGCCUCAGUCCCCACCACCGGAUGUUUCUACAAGACAGGAACCGUCACCUCCAUCGCCAGUGAAAGUCUCCUCAUCGACGACGUCUACUUCUGCGAUCCGACCAACUGCGACGUCCCGAACCUCCAGUUGGGCACCAAGGUCCACUACCUGGCCUAUCAAAAGUCCCCGAAGGAUGAGAUCAAGGUCAGGAGGAUCCUGAGCGUCUACGACAACGCCUGGGACAGCUUCGUCGAGGAGACCCAGGCGCCAGUUGUCCAGAACCAACUGAUGAAGAAAGCGAUAGUAGCCAAGGUCAUCAGACGAGAGGGGAGACUCGUUUUCCUGGACCCUCUGAACAUCACCAUCAACCUGGACAGCAUCGACUCGACCUUCGUCCCCUACGUGGGGGACUGGGUGAGGGUUGAGUGCUUCGUCGAAGUCGACGAGCAGUCCCCAGACCUUGGGGGAGUGGUCCUGGAGGUUGAGAAACUCCAGCCACUGAGAUCCAACCUGAAGAUCGGGAUCGUCAGCCACUUCGACGCUAGAACAGGGACUGGGGGGGUCGAACUGGACACAAUCUUCUCGAAAGUCUCCUGCCAGCCUGGGUACAUUCCCUCGGUGGGAGACAAAGUCGUCUGCGACUGCAUCGAGAGCGACCAGGGGAAGUACACGUGGAGGUGCCUCUCGGUGGUUCCCCUGCACAUCAGGAACAUCUGCGAUGCAUCAGAAGAAAAAAGAGAUCUGAAAGCCCUUGAAGACCACGAUUUACUGAUGAAGGAGAAGAAUGGGGUGAGGGUCACCGAAGACUUGGGUCUUUUCCUCGAAGUCGGGGAGGAGAAGACUCUCGAGGUAUUUGUCAGGAACUCUGGGGCCUCUCCUCAGGUUUUCUACAGGGGGAUCUUCAUGUCCAAGAAGUCCCAGUCCCAACUGACCCUGUUGUCCCCUGAAAUCGACCAGACGCAGACGAUAAAUCCCUCCCAAUCCCUCAAGUUCGUCUUCAAGGUCAAAGCGAAGUUCGUGGGGUUCACCGAGGAGCUCUUCAUCUUCUCGUUCAGAGGAUUCAAGAUUGGGAGGACUUUCAAGAUAACAGUGAAUGCUAAGAUGCCAGCGGGGUCUUCGGAGAUCAUUGGAGGGAGCAGACGAGGGAAGUUCAUCGUCAGGGGAGACGACUGUGAUCAGGAGAAUUAUGUUCCCGGUGUGAGGCCCUACAAGCCUCCGAAUUUUAUGGCAGUCAAGCAGAGGACGUUCAAGGUCCCCAGGAGACUCUGGGACGUGAUCCUGUCGAUUGUCAAUGAGAGGACGCCCCAGAGAGAAGCAGAAGUGAGUCUUGCGGAGGAAAUUCCUUGUCUCAAUGAGGGACUGACGAUUGACAACUACAGAGAUCGGUUCCACAGUCUUCUGUACCUGGAGGAGAUCAGCUUGAGCAUUGACAUGCAAAAGUACGACAUGGAGAGCGCGAUACUCAGGGCCAGUGACGAGUUUUUGGCUCUGGAAGUGCCAGGGCUGUCCGAGAAGAGGCCCUCGUUGAUGAUUGGGGACAAGGCUGUGGUGUCCUUCAGGUGGGACUCUUCCAGGGGGACUUAUCAGUACGAGGGGUUCAUCCAUAAGGUGACCAGCUGCGAGGUGUUCAUGAAGUUCAAUCAGAGGUUCCACGACGAUUAUCAGGGGGAGGACUGUCAGGUGACGUUCAAGAGUUCUUACUCGUCGAUCUCCAAGUGUCAUAAUGCUGUGGAUCUGGCGGUGGGGAAUCUGACGAGGGAGAUUCUGUUUCCUACUUGUGUCAAGGAGAAAGAACCUCAGAUUAUUCUGGAGGAGAUUGGAACGGGAGGAGAGGAGGGACGACGAGGAGAACGAAAUUUGAUGGGAAAAGUUGAAGAGCAAAGUUUGGGGGAUAAGAAUAUUAUUGAAGAGGGAAAGGGGAAAAUCGAAGUUGAUGAAGAAUUAGGGAAAGGACGGUUGAGCCAAUUGAAUAAAAAUAUCGUUGCCAAUCAGGAUGAGAAAACCGUUCAAGGAUUGUCGUCCACUUCACUAAAUAACGAAAAACUUCAGAUAACUCUGGGAAAAAUCAAAGUAGAACCUGAAGCAGAGAACUCUUCACAAAACGAUUCGAACAAAUGCAAUGAAAAUCCUCAAAGAAUAUCAAAAAUACAACUGACUCCACCUCCAACCCCUCCAUACGACCAGGAAACUGAAACAAUUCCUUCAAUUAAAUCCAAACUUCCCACCAAACCCCUAGACCUCCCCCCAGACAAAUCCCUGAAGAGAAGAAAACUCGUCUGGUUCAACAAGUUCCUGAACACUCACCAGCAGAUCGCAGUGAAGAACAUUCUCCUGGGCACAGCUCGUCCCCUCCCCUACGUGAUCUUCGGUCCCCCAGGUACAGGAAAAACCAUCACCCUCUGCGAGACGAUCCUCCAGAUCCUGACGACCCUCCCCCAGAGCCGGCUGCUCAUCGCCACCCCCUCAAACUCCUCAGCGAACCUCAUCUCCGAGCGUCUGCUGGACUCUGGAGCCCUGAAACCCGGCGACCUAGUGAGACUGAUCGCCCACCACUGCCUCCAGGACGACUCCAUCCCCGAGAGACUGCUCCCCUACUGUGCAACUGGCAACCUAGCCUCGGAGAGUUCAGUUGGACGUUCGAGACACUACGGAGAGGGCCCCAAGGUCAACUGCACGACUAGUGUCCUUGGAAGACACAGGAUAACGAUUGGAACGUGCAUAGCACUGGGGCAAUUGUACCACAUGGGCUUCCCUCGAGGUCACUUCUCCCACAUCUUGGUGGACGAGGCUGGCCAGGCAACAGAGCCCGAGAUACUCGUCCCCCUGACUUUGAUCGAGGCCCAUCAGGGACAGAUCAUCCUCGCUGGGGAUCCCAUGCAGCUGGGGCCAGUGGUCAACAGCAGGUUUGCGUCCUCCUUUGGACUGGGGGAGUCCUUUCUUGUGAGGCUACUCCAGCAGUUCCCCUAUCAGAGGGAUCCCGAGGGGUUCGCACGAGGGUACGACCCCAGAUUAGUAACGAAAUUGGUGAUUAAUUAUCGCAGUCUUCCGGAGAUCCUGCAACUGCCGAAUUCUCUGUUCUAUGAUUCGGAACUUGAAGCCAGUCUGUCUGCAGUUGACAGUGAGGAAGCUCAGCUUCUGGAGACGCUGAGGGAGGAGCUCCCUGAGAGGACGCCGAGGAAACCUCCUGCUAUUGUUUUCCAUGGAGUCAAUGGGGAGGACAAGCAGGAUCCUGAUAGCCCCAGUUGGUACAAUCCUGCGGAAGCUACGCAGGUCUAUCUGUACUUAUUGAGGCUUUAUGGUGCUGGACUCACGGGGGAGGACGUCGGGGUGAUUGCUCCCUAUCAGAAGCAAGUCAAGAGGAUCAGGGAGCUGCUGAUGGAGCUGGAGGUGGCGGUCCCCAAGGUCGGCAGUGUUGAGGAGUUCCAGGGACAAGAGAGGAAGGUUGUCAUACUGUCUGCUGUCAGGUCGGGGGGGGAUUUUGUGGGGGACGAUGUCAAGCAUGCACUCGGGUUCGUGGCUUCGCCGAGAAGGCUCAAUGUCGCUAUCACCAGGGCAAGGGCGUUGUUGAUUAUUGUUGGGAAUCCGGUGUUGCUGCAGGGGGAUCCUUACUGGAGGAGUGUGAUCAUGUAUUGUGUUAGGAAUGACAGUUAUACUGGGUGUAAUUUUGUUAAGUGGCAGGAGGAGGGCGGUGAGGGGAACGAUCUGGAUGAGAAUGUUGGGGGUGAUUGAGGAUAUCAUGGCAGAAUUCUUUUGCUCGCUUCGCUUGGUUAGAUCGCCGUUUUCAAGCCCAGUGACAUAAAAUAUUGCUUUCGACAUUUCGAAGUUUUGGUGAGAAACUGUUUUGUAACGAUAAGAGAGUGCUACCAGGACAUGUGUGAUAAUUUUGUACUUGGAACGAAGAGAUAUUUCAUGAAAAAUGGAAUGACGAGAAAGAUUAAAAAAUACAGUGAGUUGGUUAAAAGCUAGUUUAGGUAACAUUAAAUUCUGUUUUUUAUUUGAUUUUUAUUUUUUGUUUUUGCGUCUCUGAGAGAUGAGCCAGUGUUGAAAGAAUCAACUGUGUAUUUUUAUUUUGCUUAAGAAGAUGUGAUCAAGAAUUUUAUAAUUUAGUUUAGAGAGGAGCCUUGAACGACAUUGUUGUUCACAAUCUCAUGAGCCACGAAAUAGUAUAUUUCGUAACGAGUGCAAAAAAGUGGCGAGUGGGACGUUUAUAUCACGAGCCG